AUGCGUUCCUGCACUAUUGCCACCGUCCUCAGCUUCGCUGCCGCUGGCUUGGCUGCACCUCAACCAGAUCCCUUUGGUGGUUCCGGCGUUGUAUCUCUGCCCUUUGGCACGGAGAGUGCAAUUACUCUCUGUUGCAGUGGUAAUUUUGUCGCAGCUCAAGGGUUGCUUGGCACCGUCACCGGAACCGGAAUUGGCGGCGGUACCCCUACUUGCGUUGCCUAUAAUUCGGCCAUCCAGAACUGUGCGCCUGGUGAUGUCAAAUUCACCUGCCCUGUUAGCCGUGGUGUCUUGGAGGGCUGCUCUGACCCGAGCGGGGCUGUUACAGCUACUCAGGGUCUCGUUCAACAGGUCCUGAACUUGGUGCCAUCCUUGCUCAACAUCAAUCUCUAA